CUACAUGUCUUUGGUGAAAAUAACCCAAAUUAGGAUGUAUUUUUUUUAGUUUGUAGGAAAGUUAUAGAGUUCACAAACUAUGGGAUAUAUUUGAAAAUUGAUCAAUCCUGAAGUACUGACGGCCAAUCUAAUUUCUUGAGGUCCAAGAAUGUCAGAACAGUACAGAUAUCCCCCAAAUGACCCCUUUUUGCAGAGUAGACAGUUCAAUGUACUUCAUAAGAGGCAUGGCGAGUUUUUUGAAGUUGUAUUUUUUUUUUGUAUUUUUUUUGUCAUAAUUUUUCGGAAAAUGAAAAAAAAAAUUUUCACUAUUUUUUUUUUUACAUACUGUCAC